ACCGAAUACUUCGAAGCCCAAGAGAAAACCUAAGCCCGUUUAUCCCUCUCUCUCUCUCUCUCCCUCCGCGCUCGACUGGUUUCGGCGGUGACGUCGCGCCAUCGAAGCGAGCUCGAAGUCGAGACAUUUCACGCAUCCACUGCAACUGCACCAAAUCGAGCCUCAUUCGCCGAAACCCUAACUCCCUUCGCCGUGCUCGGAAGCCUUUCUCCUUUUGUAGCCGUGAAGCUUCGGAGGCAUGGCAACUCAAGCUGCUGCUGCUGCUACUUUUAAUGGCAAUAUGAAGAAAGCACUUGCUGGCUUGAGGCGUAUCAAUCUGGAAGGACUGCGGUGGAGAGUGUUUGAUGCGAAAGGCCAGGUUCUUGGGAGAUUAGCUUCUCAAAUAGCAACUGUGGUCCAAGGCAAGGAUAAGCCCACAUACACUCCCUAUCGGGAAGAUGGGGAUAUGUGCAUUGUGCUUAAUGCAAAGGAUAUUUGUGUCACAGGGAGAAAGAUGACAGAUAAAGUUUACUACAAGCAUACUGGGUUUGUGGGCCACCUCAAGGAAAGGACCUUAAAGGACCAAAUGGCGAAGGACCCCACAGAAGUCAUUAGGAAAGCAGUUCUCCGCAUGCUUCCAAGAAACAAAUUGCGUGAUGAUAGAGACCGAAAACUAAGAAUAUUUGCUGGUGGUGAACACCCUUUUGCUGAUCGGCCUCUUGAGCCUUAUGUGAUGCCUCCUAGACAAGUACGAGAAAUGCGACCUCGUGCAAGACGUGCUAUGAUUCGAGCUCAGAAAAAGGCUGAGCAGCAACAGCGGGGAAGCACUGAUACAAAGAAGGGUAAAAAGAGAGAGAAGACCCCAGAAGUCAGUGAAUGAAGAGAGAAGUCGUCUAGAGCAGUUACAUUUGAUUGCCUAUCGUACACGUUCGGAUGUGCGAUCCUUGCGACAUCUCCUUUGCAACCUCUUUCGUCUAAUUGGGAUUCUGGAGCUUGUCUAUACGGUUCUCUAGGCAGAUCAGUUGGAUUGCUGUGAAAAUUUUGCCAGGGAUGGUUAUAUUUUUGCAAUAAGGGAAUUGGGCAAAAGAAUCGAGUGUAAUUUUAGAUGCGUGCUGAGGGCUUCAGUGGUUUGCAAAGGUUUAAUUUCCCAAGUCACUCUUUUUGUCACACUGGUUGUGGAACUAGGUUCUGCCUUUGAUCUUAAUUUUGUUUUCCGUUUCCA